ACAUGAAUAAUCGCUCCAUAGCCUGGUGGCUGAAACAGAUAGGACUGCCCCAGUACACCAAGUCACUGGAGAGAGAAUACUAUGGUCUAGAGGGUUUGCUAUAUGUAUGUGAUGUAGAUCUGAAGGAGGCAGGAGUAGAUGAUCCCAGUCACAGAGACACCAUACUAUCUCAGCUGCUGCGACACAGACAGACACUAGACCCACACUCUGGUAUGGUGGAGGAGCUGAGGGUGAGCAGGAAGUAUUCUCUGGGCUCAUCUCUGGACCUGGUGAAACCCAGGAAGGAUCUGUUCCGUCAGAGUGUUCUGCCCCGCCUUCGACGCAAGGUUACAGUCUCCGCCUCCUGUUCACAGCUCCACCCACUGGAGGAGGGGCUCAGCCCGGGACUCGCCCCCGAGCAGACAAGGAAACGCAGUAAGAGGAGGAGUGUCACUGCAUACCUGAGUCAGCUGAAGGUGUUUGGAGGUAGCAGGGAGAUGGACUCUCUGAAGAAGGAGUUGGAGGAGGAGCUGAAGCUAUCUACUGAUGACCUGAGGAGUCACGCCUGGUACCAUGGACCCAUAGGCAGAGAGGGGGCAGAGGCUCUGCUGGAGAGAGAUGGUGACUUCCUGGUUCGUGACACAGCCUCCUCCCCCGGUGACUAUGUCCUGAGUUGCUAUUGGAGGGACGAGCCCAUGCACUUCAAGAUCAUUAGGGUGGUCCUUCGGCCCAAGAAGGGUUACUCCCGUGAGCUCUUCCAGUUUGAAGGGGAUCGUUUCGAAAACAUUCCCGCCCUGGUGCGUUUCCACGUGGGUGGACGUCAUCCUGUCUCCCAGGCCUCUGGCGCCGUGGUCUAUCACCCAAUCACACGCUCCCAGCCUAUUCGUGUCAUCAGUGAGCGCCAGGCAGAGCGGCCCGACAGCAACAGAUCCAGCAACAGAUCCAGCAACAGAUCCAGCAACAGCGCCCUCGACAGGGUGGGGGUGGAAUCACAGCCAGACCGCAGCAAGAGACUCAGCUUCAACUCAUCACACAUGGACACACUACACGUCACUAACACACUGCUCAGGAGUGGGAGUCAGCCAUCCAACCUGGAGAAUCUGGGCAGAAGACCCUCGAUCCAAUCAGCACAGUCUGAAAGCAACCUACGCACAGGUGCGCCUCAUAGCUGUCAAUCAGAGGCCGUAGGCCCCGCCCCCAUCUCCCCAGUGUUCCGAACGGGUAGCGAACCCCUGAUCAGCCCCUCAGCCCUCAGACCCACCCGGCCCUCACACCCAGGUGGAGGUGUUACGCUGCGAGGUUCUGACGGACAGCUGCACCCCCGAGCCCCGCCCAAACCCUUCAGAGUGUCCACCUUCUUCCCCGGGACUCCUCCCAACCGUCACCGUGACGACCCCUAUGACGAGCUGGUCAUCCAGGUGCCUGAAUCAAAAAAGCGUGGCCACGUGGACAGGCUGCGUGCGGAGGAGAAGUGGCAGAGCAGAGCCCGUCUCACUGAGACAUCCUUCAGCUUCCUGGAGGCACAGGAAAGCGGGGAGUUGCCUGGGUUACCAAUUGACGGACAGGUCCAGGAGGAAGAGGAGGAUUCACACUUUCAGAGGCCGCAGGUGGAGACGGUGUCGUGUUUCAGACUGGACCAGUUUGAGUCCCUCCUGCUACCAGAUAAUAACAGACCUCUAGACCCCACCGUUCUCAUGGCGCUCAAAGAACUGUUCACACGCUCCAACGCCAUGACAACCGCUCUGCACAUUCUCAGUGUCGACUGCCAGGUGGCUCGUAUCGUGGGUGUGACAGAGGACCAGAAGAGGAUGAUGGGAGUUGGCUCAGGUCUGGAGCUGGUCACCCUGUCUCACGGACAACAGCUCAGACAGGACCUGUUGGAGAGGCACCACCUGCUAUCCCUGGGCGUUGCCAUAGAUAUCCUGGGCUGUACAGGGACGGUAGGUCAGAGGGCCACGGUGCUGCAUAAAGUCAUCCUAUUGGCCCAGGCCCUGAGAGACCACGCCCACAACCUCUACGCAUUCUCAGCCGUCAUGAAGGCUCUGGAGAUGCCUCAGGUAGUCCGUCUGGAGAGGACAUGGAGAGCUCUGAGGAGGAACCACACAGAGAGUGCUGUGAUGUUUGAGAAGACCCUCAAACCCUUCAUGAACGCUCUGAAUGACGGAGAUGACUCUGUGGUGCAGGGUCCCCUGGCUGUGCCCUACCUGGUUCCCCUCCUGAGGCUGAUGGAGGGAGAGGAGGGAGAACACACAGAGAGAGGCUGUCAGUUAUUAUACAACACCCUGCAGGCAGCACGCAACGCAGCGCUACACGCCCCGCAGUACCAGGAGCACGCACACAGCCUGCUCACAGGUGACUGGGAGCCAAUCCCAGAGCUGCUGGAGGGGUUCAGGACAGAGUUUGCCCUAAGGCUGUUCUGGGGACAGACUGGAGCGGCGGCAGACAAGGAGAAACGCUACGACAAGUUUGACAAGAUCCUCACCGUGCUCUCCAACAAACUGGAACCUAGCGAGGAGUUCUCCCCCGAACUCUGACCCUUAAACUCUAUACUGUGACCUGGGCUGCAUUCAGGAGGGCGCAACGUUGCACAACAGUUUGAAAUCUGUAACCUCUUUACUUGGAUCGUAUUCAUUAGAAGCUUUUUUGCAGCAAAAAUAAAAUAAAUAGUUUGUUAUUGGACAAGUUCAGGUGAUUCCCUCCCUGGUUCAGUCCAUUUGGUGCCUAAUGAACCUGGGAUGUGUGUCUGGGUGGUUCUGUGGUUCUCACCCACAGGGUUCAUACCUAGCAGGUGUGGAUACUGUUGGUUUCCCUCAUAAACCUGGCCAAGGUCUAUGUCCCAAAUGGCACCCUAUUCUCUAAAAGGGCCACUGUCAGGGCACGAUAUAGGGAAUAGGGCUCUAGUUGAAAGUAGGGCACGAUAUAGGGAAUAGGGCUCUGGUUGAAAGUAGGGCACGAUAUAGGGAAUAGGGCUCUGGUUGAAAGUAGGGCACGAUAUAGGGAAUAGGGCUCUGGUUGAAAGUAGGGCACGAUAUAGGGAAUAGGGCUCUGGUUGAAAGUAGGGCACGAUAUAGGGAAUAGGGCUCUGGUUGAAAGUAGGGCACGAUAUAGGGAAUAGGGCUCUGGUUGAAAGUAGGGCACGAUAUAGGGAAUAGGGCUCUGGUUGAAAGUAGGGCACGAUAUAGGGAAUAGGGCUCUAGUUGAAAGUAGGGCACGAUAUAGGGAAUAGGGCUCUAGUUGAAAGUAGGGCACGAUAUAGGGAAUAGGAUGAUAUUUGGGACGUAGACAAAGUGUGUGAUGUGCUUCUACUGGUUGUUUGUCCAGGUCUAAAUGUUGACCUGCAGAGUUUACCCGGUAACAUGUUCUGUGUUCAUGUUUAUUCUCAACCUUCUAGGUGUCUGUGAAAGUCCUUUUUUGAAGGGAAGUUCUGAGUUUUAACACGUUUUCUAUUCAGAUGAUAUAAAUGAUUUAAAACA